AUGUCGAAGCAGAUCACGACUGAGGUGCCAAUGCUGCUGCUACGACACCCAAUCCGUGAGCGGCUCGCUUAUGGCUUGCAUUGGCUGGCCACCUUGCACGAGAAGCAUUUCAACGGGAUAUUGGCUGAUGAGAUGGGCCUCGGCAAGACCAUCAUGACAAUAGCCCUGUUGGCCCAUCUUGCCGUGCAGAAAGAGGUUUGGGGCCCUCACCUGGUCGUGGUUCCUACGUCCCUCCUCAUGAACUGGGUGAAGGAGCUGCAGAAGUGGGCUCCAGGCCUGAAGGUCUGUGCUUACUACGGCACUGUUAAGGAGCGACGUGAUAAGCGGCGUGGAUGGGGUGGUGAAGAUGCUUUUCAUGUCUGUGUAGCUUCGUAUGCCGUUGUUCUGCAAGACCUCCGUCCGUUGAAGAUGAAGCGCUGGCAUUACUUGAUAUUGGACGAAGCCCAAAACAUAAAGAACUGUCGCUCUCAAAAAUGGCAGCAGCUAAUGCGCUUCAGAUCGGAGCGCCGACUGCUGCUGACAGGAACGCCGCUCCAAAACAACUUGACUGAACUCUGGUCCCUCCUGCACUUUCUGAUGCCAGACAUGUUUCAAUCUUACUCCGACUUCAAGGAGUUCUUCGCCGACCCGCUGCACUUGGCCAUGCACGAGCAGCGCGUCAAGCAGGACCUAGUGAUGCGAUUGCACAAAGUCAUCCGCCCAUUUAUGCUGCGAAGGUUGAAGAGUGAGGUGGAGCGUCAGUUGCCGCAAAAGCAUGAACAUCUUGUGCCUUGCCGUCUAUCCCGUCGGCAGCAAGUCCUGUACGAAGAAUUCAUGAAGAGGCGCCAGACGCAGCUCAUCCUCAAGAAAGGCGACUACUUGAAGAUGAUGAGCAAACUGCGCUGA